CCUAUAAUCGCCGCCCCCAUUCCUCUAUUCCGCUGUCACUUCUCUGGCAUGGGAGCGUCGACCGAGGUCGGAUACCUCGCGCAGUUCGUCUGGACGGUUGUUUCGCAACUCUUUCCGGGGAAGCCGAAGUGGACGGCGGACCACCUGCCGGACCUCUCGGGGAAGGUCUUCGUCGUUACCGGGGGGAACACCGGGAUCGGGCGCGGGACGGUCAAGGGUCUGCUCCUCAAAAACGCGAAGGUCUACAUCGCCACGCGCUCGAAGGACAGAGCGGACAGGGCAAUUGCGGAGCUGCGUGAGGAGACGGGAAAGGAGGCGUUAUUUUUGCAGAUCGAUCUGGGCGACCUGAACUCCGUCAAGAAGGCGGUUGAAGAGUUUAAGCAGAGAGAGUCGCAGUUGGACGUGCUUAUUUUGAACGCCGGAGUCCUGUUCCCGUCACCAGACGCGCUAACAACCCAGGGAUACGACGCAACCUUCGGCGUCAACAUCAUCGGCCACUUCCUCCUGCACCGCCUCCUCUACCCACUACUAUCCGCCUCUGGCCGCGCGUCAGACCCUUCACGCAUCAUAUGGCUCUCCUCCAUGGCGAGCUAUAAGCCGCACAAAAUCACCUACGAGGCGUUCCGCGAGGGCCCGGUCCGGCGGCGCAUGGACCCGUUCGACCUGUACUCGGAGAGCAAGGUCGGCGCGGUCAUGCUGAGCGCAUACCUCGCUAAGACGUGUGCGGCGGACAACGUCGCGUCCAUCGCUGUUGAUCCUGGGUACAUCAAGAGCGAGAUCUACCGGUCCAGUCCAUGGUACUUGAAGCUCUUCGAUUGGUUUCAUAAUUUCCCCGUCGAGUACGGGGCUAUCGGCUCUCUGUACGCAGGCGCUGCGCCGGAGGGUGCUGCGUGCAACGGAAAAUACCUGCAGCCGUGGGCGCAGGUCGUACCGCCAAGCCCCUUCUCGCUGGACGCGAAGGAGCAGGAGAGGCUCUGGACAUGGCUAGAAGAACAAGUACAGGUGUAUCUGUAGACGUCCCUGAUCGCGCAGGUGCCGCCAAGCAUAACGUCUCUGCCAACAUUGAACGAGGCUUUCG